AUGGAGCGACAGCAAUUCGCCUCACUCCUGUGGCUCCUCAAUCCAGUCAAUCUAUUCCUCGCCUACCAUGUCCCUAAACCGGCACGGCCGUUAUUCGCAGCCCUGCAGCUCGGAAUCUACAUCUCAGUAAUCCUCCUCAUUCCUCCAACAAACCCAGCAAAGGACUACCAGUUCGGAAUAUGCUUCCUCAGUAUCCUUUCCACUCUGAACUUCUUCAUCCUCUCUAACCCUUACGAGGAGCACUGGCGGAUCUCUCCCAGCCAAGCAAAGGAUGACAGCAGCAGCAAGAAAGUCGCACAGACAGACACAGCCAAAUACCCAUCCCUAUCAACAGGAGAAAAACUCCUCUGGGUGUGGACAAACGCCGGCGAAACCCGCGGCAUAGGCUGGAACUGGACUAUCCCGCACAUCCCACCCGGUCCCGAAAAGGGUUUAUCGAAGGGACAAUACCUACGCCAUCUCGGUCUUCGCUUCGUAAAGCUAUAUCUCCUGCACGAUGCUAGUAUCUAUAUACUCAACAAACUAACAAACGCCGGAACCAUAUCUCUCUACGACGUCGGUCUCCUCCAGCGAAGUUUAGCAGUUGUAUCCUUCGCAGUAUCAAACAUCACCAUCCUCGAAUUCGGUUAUGCGGCGUUCUGUUUCACGGGUGCUGCAUCCGGUCUAUUCUGGACGAAAUACGAGCAUAAUCCUCCCCUCUGCGGGAAUCUGAGCGAUGCUUACACAGUCUCCAGAUUCUGGGGCCGCGUCUGGCAUCAGAAUAUGCGACGCGUUUUGCAGUCUCCUGCGCGGUUUAUGGCGAAUACAGUAUUUCGGGCAGAGCGUGGCUCCUUGUCAGCCCGGUAUAUCCAGACGGUUACGGCGUUUGCGGUUUCCGGGGUUUAUCAUUAUGUUUCGGCUAAGUCAGCGAGGCCGGAUUGGGGGUUUGCGGGGACGUUGGGGUUUUUUCUGCUGCAGCCGGGUUUGGUUGUAGUGGAGGAUUUGGGAAUGUAUUUUGGACGGAGGGUGUGCGGUUCUAGGCUGGGUUCCUGGGUUUAUGGGGUUGGGUAUGUCUGGACGUUUGGGAUUCUGGUUGUGACGGCGAUGGGGUUUGUGGAGGAUUGUGUGACGAGUGGCUUGAUUCCACCAGUGUCCGCGUUUCCAUUUUCAAUUUCGGGAUUGCUUUUUCAGUGA